CUCACUCUCUUUCUUUCUUUUAUUGGGGGGUUCUCUGAGAUGGGGUGUCCUUUAUUUUUCAGACCCAUUUAUGUUUCAUGCUUUUUUCAAAUCUUGUGGCUUUAGCUAGAGAAAGAGAGAUAAACUCUCUGAAAAAAACUUGAUGGGUCCUGAUUCCUGAAACUCUGAAUCUCAGUUUCUUGGGUUUUGGUUUUCUUGAAAAAAAUUCCCACUUCUCUGUUCAUUCAAACAAAAAACUUCACCUUUUGUGUUACCUUUUUCAUUUCUUGUGAUUUGAGAAAGGUGGGGGGAAGGAUGCAUGAGACCUUAUAAUUAGCUUUUUCUCCUUGUUCUUUUUGUUAAAGAAGGAACAAAGUUAUUUUUCAUUGUACUCCCCCGUAAGGCUUUAAGGAUAAAGUAAACGAAAUCAUAUCUUGUGAACUUUCACUGAAUUGGCUUGUUCUGAGUUCCAAGGGAAGUAUACAUAUAUUGUUGUCAAUCACCAUUCCAUCUUUCAUCAUUAUAAAUCUAAGGGGUCUGAUUUGGCAUAUCCCAUGAAUCUAUUUGAAGAUUUAUAACAACAUUGUUUUGCCUUAGAGAAGGGUUUGUUCCUAGAAAGGCCUGCAUUCUCAUUGAGGUUGUUUGCUGGUGGGUGAUAGCUCCUCCUCCUCAAGUAGGUGGCAGGCUAAGAUCGAUCUGUAUUGGUCGUCAGUUCAUCUUAUCAGAAGGAGUGGCCUGAAAUUAUAUUCAUCUCCCCUGCUUUUUGGCAAACUAAAUUUCCUAGGGUGUCAAAAGCUGCUGUUUAUGCUCAAUGCUAACUGAUAUUUGUUGUCUCGUUUUAUGAUGGACAAUCAAAUGUAUAAUGUCCCGACGGACUUGACCGCCCGGAAUUCAGUUGUCAUGGAUGGGAUUGUACCACAUACAACGAUGAACUCACUUGUUCAAUCCUAUUCAUUUGAUCUUAAUCACCAAAACCAUGGCAUGGCUUUAGUUCCAGUGCUUUCAUCCUUUCCAGGAGAACCUGUCAUGCAUUCUCAUUCUGAGUUUAAUGGCACAAACGGUGCCGGCAUUGUUGAAUCAAAUCCAUUUGUUACAUCCCAAAGAAGGCAUAAUGUGAGAGACUCCUCAUUCAUCAGUUCAAGUUUCGCUGAUAAUACUGUGUUCGAAGCAACACCUCAUUCUGCUGCUUCACUUGCUACCCUUUUGGCUGCAAAGGGUAGUCUUCAGGAAAAUCUCAACAACUUAGCAAUUUCAGGAACUCCGGUCAGUUCUUCAGAAGCUUACACUUCAAAUGACUGCUCUAACAACUCUAAUUCUCUGUUUGCAACCUCUAUGAAUUGUGGAUAUGAUGAAAUACUUGGUAGUAUAAGUAGUCAGUGGGAGAUCAACAAGUACGCAGCUCCUUCGGAACUUGGUGAGAGAACUUCAGUAAGAACAGGGUUUCAACCAUUUUCACCCACAGGAAAUCUGGAUCCAAAUGGAUGGUUAUCAUCAAAUGGUGAAAAUGUAAUGACAUAUCAUUCUUACAGUUCCUGUAAAUUCAGCAACGAGCUCGCCCUAACUCUCGCCACAUCCAGCCCUGCUAUCGUCGGUGGGGUGGAUAUCCGAAAUCAGUGUUCAGACAUUGGUUCUUCUGGGAUGGCUCACCCUUCUUUGAAUCAAUCAAGGUUUGGCUCGUCAGAGCAAAAUUCUUGCAACAGUGAGGAGCUUUCUCUAAGUUUUGGUUCUUACAAACCUCCUCAACUAUCCCAAGUAAUAUGUGGAUCAAGAUAUCUUCAUGUGGUUCAGGAAAUACUUUUUGACAUUGCAAGCUACUCACUAGAAAAUCUAGACCAGUCAAGUUUUUCAUCUGCGAGGAUCAUGUCUGAGAACGCUGACAGCGAUGGUAGAUUUGAGGUACAUAAGGAUCCUGCAUUGCAAAAACAGGAAAUCAAAACAAAGAAAUCCAAAUUGCUGACCCUGUUACAAAUGCUUGAUGACUGCUACAACCAAUGUGUAGAUGAGAUUCAUACAGUUGUAUCAGCGUUUCAUGCUGCUACCGAGACGGAUCCCCAUAUACAUGCUCGUUUUGCCCUUCAAACAAUCUCUGUACUGUAUAAAAAUCUGAGGGAAAGGAUUAGCACCCAUUUCCUUGCAAUGACUGCAAAUUCGAACCCUGCAUCCCCCACUGAGAGUGAAAGGUCUUUUGAAAUCCACAAGCAAUUGGCUCUGCAGCAUCUAAAAAAGAAAGAACAUCAAAUAUGGAGACCCCAGAGAGGCUUGCCUGAAAGAUCCGUCUCAGUUUUACGUGCAUGGAUGUUUCAAAACUUCCUUCAUCCGUACCCUAAAGAUGCAGAGAAGCAUGUCCUUGCAGUGAAAAGUGGAUUGACAAGAAACCAGGUAUCCAACUGGUUUAUCAACGCUCGUGUCCGGCUAUGGAAACCGAUGAUUGAGGAAAUGUACUCGGAGAUGAACAGACGAAAGACUCGUCAAAGUGACAACACUGAGAGAAACAAUAGAAGCCACCACCACAACAUAAGUAUUAACCAUCACAAAUUUGGUGUGAACUGAAGGUUUUUGAAAGGGUACAUAGCGAAUGGAAAAUGGGGCAUAUUCCACAACAUUAAUGCUACAAGUGUAUAUAGUUGUGGAAAUUAUUCAGGAGUAGGUUUCAGUGACCAUGCCCAUUGCCCUUGCCCACAAGAAUGUUUUGCAAGCAAUAGUAGAAUCGUUGUGGAAAAAAAUGGCUAGAAAAUUAUUUAUUUUGGAACUUUUUCGUAAUGAAAACCGAAAGGUUAACACGCGUGAUUUAGUUUAAUCCUUAAUUUAAAUUACAGUUCAUGCAUUCUAAAAAGUGUUUGGGAUUUGGACGUGGGAGUUUAUGGUUCACGCCGGACACAACAUUGUCCACUGUGUAUAUGCAUACGUACCCUUCUCCCUUUAUGUCCCAA